AUGGAUAAAAUUAAGAACGAAUCAGUUGUUUCGGAGCGCCAGACGAAGAAGGUCACAAAAGAAAAAAUGCUCGCUACGACUAUCAAAAUCAAUCCUGAUGUCCAGCGGUCUAUGGGCGAAACUUGGAUCACGAUGGAUUGGGAGCCACGAUGCGCAUUCAGCUACGACCUCCAAGAAACGGCUGAUGGCAAAUGGAUAAAUACUGACGCCAACUAUCAGUUUACGGUCGUUCUGAAACCGUUCGCUUACAUCCAGAGUAAGCAACAAAUGCUCAUGUGCUGCGCAAAUGAGACGUGCGUUGGUCUUGAAUCACUUCAAAUUUUCCGUCCAAGUGCAGUCAUUGUUGCGGACGAAAAAGAAGUAACGAAAAACUUCAAGAUAAGCAAAAAGGAAGCACCUUCGUUUUGCAAUUCGGCGUAUCCCCUUGAUCCGGAAGAAGCUGGGCUUCAUGAACAACAACACGUCCAUAACUGUGUGCCCAUGGAAAUUGAAGAUCAAGCAGAAAAAAUCUUCCAAGGAAACAUCGUCAUCGCUGCGUCGGAGAACAAAGAUGAGCCGAUUGUUGCAAUUAAAAGAACCGCUGAAGUCAUUCGACAAAAAUUUUGGCGGUGGCAGCCGAACCUGGAUAUGGCCACUUACAUCGAAUACUUCGAAAAAGAGAGAAGUAAAAAUUUCGCUGAUAAUUUUUCUCGUGUACUUCAAAUUUGA